CAAGCUCAGUUACCAAUUGGACAGCAAAAUAAUAUGGUAUUAACCACGCCCCUUGCGAACGCAAACAUUUCUUCCCCGGAACUUAAAUCUAAUAACCGCCAGACCCCACUUCAAAAUGGAAAACCAAAGAAUGCCCCUACCCCGCAAUUGCCAAUGAGACAGCCACAGAAUAUUAAUAAUAAAUCGAUAUCGCCACAUGGAAAUCCAUUGCAAUCUCUGCAAAAUUCGCAUGACAUCCAGGACCCACAACUAAUGAACCAGGUUAACCUUCAAAUGAAAAAUCCUCACGAUCCCAACGCAAACAUUCACAACAAUCCUUUACAUGCAAUACCGAUGCAAAACACGAUUAACCAAGCCAAUCUUAUUCGACCGAACAUCCCUGGUGCCACCAUUAUGCAAAAUUACGGUGGAAUGGGAAUGACUGGAAUGGUUUCAUAUCCAAACAACUUAAUAAUGCAACGGACAUUAAUGAGGCCUAAUGAUCCUAACGCGCAAAAAUUCUCUCAAAAUAUGCUUGGUUUGGAUCAAAACUCGAUAGAUAAAUAUAAACAACAGCGCGGCAUUUCCGAGAUGAAUGUUACAAUGCGACCUACUAUGAAUGCACUUCAAAUGCAAAU